CCUGACAUUUUUGCUCCCCUCGGUUCAUCGGACCAUAAUUCAAUCAUGUGGACACCUACUGUAAAGCGCAGUGUGCGUCGUUAUCCUGAGUCUGGUUUGAAUGGUUUUGGCCUAUGGGCGGGACUGAACGAGUGAUUCCACGGACUUGGACCCAGUCCCUCGGCAAAUGACCUUGCCUCAUCUUUUACUGCCGCCGUCAACGCCGCAGUCGACCAUUUACGAUAUUCUAGAACGAAAAAACUUCUACUGUUCGAUUUCAUCCAACUGAUAAAUCCUGGAUAACUGCACGUAUAAAACAGCUAAUUAAGGAGCGCCAGCAAGCAUUUCACUCUAGUGAUGCUCAGUUGUGGCGCCUUUACAGACGUAAGGUACAGUCAGAGAUUAAAGCAAGGUAGAGGAAAUUUUAUGAGGAAAAAGUACGAAACACACGGAAAGAUGAUGUUCGCCAGUGGUGGCGUACUGUCAAUGUGUUGUCGGGAAGAACUUAUAGCCAGUCCUGCUUCACCCUGGAGCGCGACGGCGUUGUGCUGUCAGAGGGCGAACUUGCUGAGUCUCUAAAUCAGUACUACGCAACCGUAGCUGCUGAUAUUCCACCACUU